AUGAGUCAAGUAGGUACUUCGGUAAAAAUCAUCAACAACGACACCCCCAUAGUAAUUUCCCGUAUCGAUUCGGCCACUGAAGCCCUACAAAAACAGGCCGACAUCGUGUCACAUUUGACACAAAUUGAAAACAGCACUGAAACAUUGAAGACCAACGUCACUAGCCAACUGAGAUCUGAUUCAAAUGAAACUGCACCAAACAAAACUGAAGCCGAAGAUAUUCCAUCUUUCUCAGAGUGGGCCCAAAAACACUUGGAAGAAGCGGAAAAAAACCAUCUCAACCUUACAAUAAAUACAACAAAAAGUACCAAGUUGCGCUGGAAAAAUUAUGCCUCAGUUGAUUGUGGGGCAAAAGUCAUUUUGGCCAAUCAGGAAGCGCAACAUACUUGGGCCAUUUUGGUUGGUUCUCGAGACGAGUACAUUUUAAACCCUUGCAACAGCCGCAGCAUUUGGUUUAUUGUUGAACUUUGUGAGGCGAUUCAAUUGAAGAAAAUCGAUUUGGCCAACUUUGAACUUUUUAGUUCUUCGCCUAAGGAUUUUGCUGUAUAUAUAAGCGACAGAUUUCCUACAAGGGAUUGGAGUUUGGUGGGCCAAUUUACAGCCAAAGAUGAGCGCAACGUGCAAAACUUUGACAUAAACUCAGAAAGUUUUGGCAAAUACGUAAAAGUGGAAAUCAAAUCGCAUUAUGGCUCAGAACAUUAUUGUCCUUUAACAUUGUUCCGUGCCUAUGGCAUGUCAGUAUUUGAAGCAUUACAAAAAGAUGAUCCAGGGACAUACUGA